AUGGCGCAGAAACCGCUCAGCACUAUGGCGGCAGAACGCAUGAACCUUGUGGCCCAGGACGAGAUCUGGAGAUACCGUCUGAAGGCCGAAUCUGAAGCCCAGCAAAACUGGCCCAAGAAAUGGGGAUUUUUAACAACUUCCCUCCAAGAGUUGCUCAAGAGUGAAGCAGUGCACACCCCAAAGCCUAAGAUUGAGCUGCCCAGCCACUUCGGCAUCCGGCCAGUGAGCCCCAUGGACAAGUACAUCAAGGUCCUCCCAUCCCCGCCAGUACCACAGACAGCCCAGGGCUUCAUCAGCUGGCGAUCUGGGGUACCAGGCCUGAACAAGUACUUGGAGCAGGAUCCAGAGAUCUACAGCUGCAAAGGAGCCUAUGCUCGAGAGCUGCACUGGCCGGAGCAAGGAGUGCACUGA